CCGGAGGUGUGUGUGAUGAGCUGCAACCCUGCCAGCUGAAGAAAACCCAUUACAAGCGUUUUCAGUGCGUGAGUGCGCGUCGUACUUGUAAACCUCUACAGCAGGGCGAUUUUGCGCGUUCCCGUGAACUCGGCAUCGAAAACAAAGCUGAACGUCUUCCAUAUCAGCUAGGGGAGCAGGCGAGAGGAUCAUCCGAAUUUAUUCUGGAAACACCAGACAGAAUAUGGAUUUACAGUGGGUGUAGCAUCGUAGGAGACCGAGCCUUCUCGGCUGGGUGACGGCAGGACUUUAGCAAAAUCGACGAAAAAUACCAUCUUUAUCCCUUUUUUCUUCUUCUCGGGGUGCUUUGUCUUGUCCAACUAACGAUAGCAAACCAUCAUUCUCCUUUCAAUUGCAACAAAUUCAGCUAGUGAUCACUAGCUGCUGCCGGGAUGUAUCACCAUGUUAUCACCUAAAAGGGAUAACUAGAACGUCGAAUUUCGACAGGAAAAGAAGGAACCCUCUCCUAGGUCCCAACGGGUUGCCACCGGGACGUGAUUCUGUGUUAGCCACAGCCGCGGAACCAACUCUUUUCGGCGAUAUGGCGGAGCAAGGCUACUCAUCUUGGGCAUACUCCCUUGUCGACUCCAGCCAGGUGUCUACCUUCUUGAUCUCCAUCCUUCUCAUCGUCUACGGCAGCUUUAGGUCAUUAAAUAUGGAUUGUGAGAACCAGGAGAAAGAUAAAGAUGGCAACGCUACAACAACAGGGUCUUUUAAUAACAGCAACACAAACAACAGCAUUCAAACUAUAGACUCAACACAGGCCCUGUUUCUCCCAAUAGGAGCCUCUGUAUCUCUGCUAGUCAUGUUCUUCUUCUUUGAUUCUGUACAGGUGGUCUUCACCAUUUGCACUGCAGUUCUUGCUACAAUUGCAUUUGCAUUCCUGUUGUUGCCAAUGUGCCAGUAUCUGACCAGACCGUGCUCCCCACAGAACAAAAUUUCCUUUGGUUGCUGUGGACGUUUCACACUGGCUGAGCUCUUGUCCUUCUCACUGUCCGUAAUGUUGGUGCUCAUCUGGGUGUUGACUGGACACUGGCUUCUCAUGGACGCUUUAGCCAUGGGCUUAUGUGUGGCCAUGAUAGCGUUUGUUCGGCUCCCCAGUCUUAAGGUGUCCUGCCUGCUGCUGUCAGGGCUGCUCAUCUACGAUGUGUUCUGGGUGUUUUUCUCAGCAUACAUCUUCAACAGUAACGUCAUGGUAAAAGUCGCCACUCAACCUGCUGAAAAUCCAAUAGACGUUCUUUCCAGGAAGCUGCACUUAGGCCCAGGGAUGGGACGAGAUGUACCACGCCUUUCCUUACCAGGAAAACUGGUCUUUCCCAGUUCUACAGGAAGUCACUUCUCAAUGUUGGGAAUCGGAGACAUCGUAAUGCCGGGGCUGCUGUUAUGCUUCGUCCUGCGUUAUGACAACUACAAGAAACAAGCAAAUGGUGAAGUACCGGGGCCGGGUAACAUGUCCGGACGCAUGCAGCGCGUCUCCUAUUUCCACUGUACCCUCAUCGGAUACUUUGUUGGACUCCUGACUGCCACUGUGGCUUCUCGGAUCCAUCGUGCAGCUCAGCCUGCUCUACUCUACCUGGUUCCCUUCACCCUGCUGCCUCUGCUCACCAUGGCCUACCUGAAGGGGGAUUUGCGGCGCAUGUGGUCAGAGCCUUUCCACGCAAAGACCAGCAGCUCUCGCUUCCUGGAGGUAUGAUGCACCUGGAGAUGAACAACCAGCGCGGAGAAGACUGCUGAUCUUUUCCCUUCACCAUAGGGAAGGAGACAGGGCGCACUCAGUGAGGCCAUGUCGUCAUCACUUGUUCAUGCUUUCCACUAAACUUCUGUGAACCCCCCCCCCAUUCCCUCCCCCCCAGAAGGACACCGGUGUGAGGAUCACAAUGACCCCCAACACGGCUCAUCUUCGGUUCCUACAUCCUCACAGUUUUCAUUUCCACGCCCCUUUUUUUUCUGUUUGUUUUCUGGUCAUUAGAGCACAUCCUGUCUGUGCCGUUUUUGAUCUGGUCCCCACCCUCUUCUUUUUCUGAAAAUGGUCUUGUUUAUCACCCCCCCCCACCCCCGUCAUGGUCGGUGCCAUUCAUCAGGCCUCCUCUUUUAUUUUUUUGGUUCUCCUCUUUUCCAAAACUAAGCUCAAAGACUAGGCCUCCUCUCUCUUUGUGGACUUACGGUUGUGAGACAUGCCGGUUGGGGGGGGUGAGGCUUUAUACAUAUUUUUUUAAGAGUUGUUGUGGUCCUUAUUCUUAAAAUUGUCGAACCGAAUGAAGACGACGUGUUGUGUUGCAGCGGCACGGCAGAAGUGUCCCCAAAGCGGAGCGGCACACAGGAGAGGAGCGCCCCUCCUCGUCCACCGUCCUCCUUUCUUCUUCAGUUUCAUCUCCUCCCUGCGUGCCCCCCAUCCUCCUUCUCUGUUCAUCUGCUGUCCUCACCCCCCCUCUUUCCUCCCCUUUACAGAAAAAAAACUAUGUAUUUUAUUUAGAAAAGUUUUAUUCUUGGCAUAUACAGAAAUGAUGCAUUAUAAAUGGUUAAACCCCCCCUUUCAGAAAAAAAGACGGGUCGCGGGGUUAGAUUCUAUUUGUAUAUAUGUGUACACAUGUAUUUGCGGUAUCUUGAGUUUGUAUUUGUGUUAGGAAGCAUGUUGAAGCGGGUGGGAAACUGACGCCAGCCAUCAGCUGGACUUUGGUGAAAUGACUGCCAGUCAUGUUAAGUCGACCAGCGAGUGUCCAUCAUUCACAGACGUCUGUCUACUCAUGCAACAGAAAUAUGACCAAUGUUGUUGUUUGUUUUUCUUCGUUUGUUUUAAUAGGAGGGAGGUUUAUUGAUGGUAAAUGACAGUUUCCUGCUCUUGUGUACAAAUGUGUGAGUGUGAGCGCGAGCGGUUUUUAACUCUGUUUUUCCUUUGAAUCGUGUCCAUGUCGGAAGCGGUGACGGCGGUCGGGUUUCAUCUGCUGCACGAGCCCAAUAGAAAUGCUUUGCGUCUGCCUUUAAAAAAAAGCUAACAUGAGCGUUUUUUCUUUCUUUAAUUGGUUUUCUGCAGGAGGCAAAAACACAAGCAGUAUUUAUUAUUUCCCUAGUGUUGAUUUAACGGGAUCAGUCUGUUUUGCUUUGAUACUUCCUGAUAAAACAGUUGCUCACACCUUAAGUUCAAGCUCAACUUUGGCCACGAGAAACACUAAACGGCUAAAAUAAUUGAGGUUUUCCGGGGGAUAGAAAUCUGCUUCACAACAUUUCAGAUCAUCAAACCAUAUCUCGAUUUUAUAAAUGUCAGUGUUUCACCGGGGCUGAUGACAUUUGUGUAAAUUGCGGGUUGUGUGGAUUCCGGCUCCACUUUAGUUUCUGUUUGGCUCGUGUCUGUCUGGACCUCUGGAGGGGGAAUCCGUCUUGCCAUUUCAAACCCUGAAAUUUGAGAGUGCAGAAGCGGAUGUUUUUACUGUUACAUUUGGUAUCCAGCAGUGAGUGCACAGCAGAACACAGUGCAGUUGCUUGCCUUUUUUGUUUUCUUUUAAUUUUGUUUCUUUUUGCUAUGUGGCCAUGCAUGAUAAAUGUACAGUGUAUGAUUUCAUAGGUUGCAUUAACAGGGCUGCUGCAGUUCUGAGCUCUGCUGGCCAGCGCAGACACACUGGAUCUGUGAGCUCGCGCCGGUGGGACGACGCUCACAGGGUCAGAAAGACUGCAGUUGGCGUCGACUUCACAGAUGGACAAAAGGCUGAUCUUGGAGAGCGGUCAGGUUUGGGACCUCCAACAUCAGAACUGUCAACUAAUCUGACGUGGAACCACAAGCGCCCUUCACCUCUUCAUGGACAUGGCGAGAACUUGUAAAGCUGUAUGCAUAUAAUAUUUUAUAACAUAAAAUAACAUAUUAUAUGCAUAUAAUAUGUUUGUGUGUAUAUACAUAUAUAAAUAACAGGUGAUGAUCACAUUGAUGAAGUUUUUUUAUAGAAAAUUGUUUUAUUUUUAGCCCCUCGUUUGUAUUUUUGUUUUCUCUUACUUUCUUUUUUUCCCUCUUCCCCUCCACCCGCAGAGCCCUUCAGCUCUGUCGGUGCGUUGAUAUUAUGGCUGAAUGGAUUCUGUAUAGAGAAAUGGUGAAUAAAUAAAUUAAGAACUGUGUAGUGAAACAUGGAUCCUGACGCGCUUGAUCUAAACCAGACUUUUAACCCUUCUUUCUUCAUCAGUUCCUCCUCCUCCUCAUUCGGGAUUCUGCUGUAAAUAAACAUGACUCUAACUGUAA